UUAAAAACUUCUAAAACUUCCUGGUUGGACUGAUAUAAAAAGUGUCGACAUUGUCAUCCGAUUUUUACGGAUUAUUUGUUGAAAAUGAACAGUUUUCUACGUUAAAAAUGGCUUCUGAUGUUAGAGACAUUCUUCGCAUGUCCAAUAUUGGACAAAACUGUUUACCUUUCAGAAUACGAGCACAUUUACAAGCUUUAUUGAUGGUUUUUAUUUUGACAGUGCAUUUGGUCACCGUUAAUUCAGAUACAUUGACAGUCUGUGACGCCAACACCAUCAACAAAACUGCUCCAUGUUGCCUUUGUUUGUACAAUGAAAGUUCCACUGAAUGUAACAAAACGUGUCCAAGUGGGUUUUUCAAAGCUAACGGAACUGCUCAUUCAUGUCCUGUUGAAAAAACUAGUACCUUAACACCAACACAAUCUAACUCAUCAACAACAACUGAGGCUCCUGCAGAGCAAACACAUGUGUACUGUAUUCCAAAUUGUAAUGAUAGCCAGUUUUAUGUCAAUGAAAGUUCUCGGUGCAAAGAUUGUGAUAAAAAGUGCUUAACGUGCGAAGCGGAAAGUUCGAAUUGUAUAUUAUGUAAGUUUGAAUUUAAUAAAACCUGCUACACUGAAUGUCCCAAUGAUACUAAAGUGUGUGAAAAUAAAACCGAAGGGACAAAUGUUUGUAAAAGAAAUUGUGAAAAGAAAAAUGAUCAUGAGAAUGUUGACGAUGGUGCUAGUAAAACAGCUAUUAUAGCAGCUGCAGUUGGAGGUGUAGUUGGUGUUGUUGUUAUCAUCAUCAUUGUAGUUGUUGCUGUGUGUUUAUGCAGAAGACGUCAGGCGAUGUGUUUUGGUCAGACAGAGCAGACCCUCCGUGGGAAAUCUGGGAAAAAGCGUACAGCGAUGAGCGGAAUUUUAGAGAACAAGAACACAAACGGCUCUGGAACAACAACACAGGCAACACAAAAACCCUCGAGCUAUGAGAACACGUCUCAGACACUGCCGCGAGUAGAACAGAUACAGCAGCAACAUGACGCCGUUACACGAUAUACGAAGGACCCUACUUUUGUUAUUGAUGAUCCAGCGAUAACACAAGAGAGCCCUCCAGAUGUCACAGACGACCUAUAUGCCAACAAGGAGGCCAUCGUUAGGACCAGGUGGGAGGAGGAAGAUCAGAAAACUCUCGCUGUGCUGGGAACCGCACCUCCACCCCCACAGGUCAAGGCGCCAGCAAAUAAACUUCAGAAAGGGAAGAAAAAGCCAGUACCAGAUGGUCCUGUGGAUGACUACAUCGACAUGUCAGGGACAGAAGGCAAGGAAGAAGCUGAAGAAGGACAAGAGGAGACAACUGAUGUAGACUUUGGUACGGUCGAAGAACCAUAUGAAAAUUAUCAGGUUGGAAAGUCAACUGAAAAACUGUAUGAGAAUUGGAAACAAGACAGUGGAACCAAAGCGAAGAAAUCUGGAGCUUCUAAGGGAGGUAAAUCAGUAAUUGGUGCAAAGGGAGGUAAAAAACUGCCAAUUGGAACAAAGGGAAGUAAGCCUCAAAAAAGUUCAAAGGGAACUAAUUUGGAAGUUGAAAAGAAGGGAGAUAAGCCAAAAGUUGUUCCUAAGCCUAAGGUAGUUGAUUCAGAAAGUGGAAGUAAGGAAGGUAAUAUGGAAGUUGAAAAUAAGGGAGAUAAGCCAGAAGUUGUUCCUAAGCCUAAGGCAGUUAAUUCAGAAAUUGGAAGUAAGGGAGGUAAUAUGGAAGUUGAAACGAAGGGAGAUAAAACAGGGAGCACUGAGAGUGAUGAAGAAGCCCUUGAUGAUUAUGAGAACACUAAAGAAAUGAAGAAAGAUACCAAAGACUAUGUGAAUGCUACUGCUUUCAAGAAAACCAAACCGAAGAAAGCGUAGCAUCUUUUAUAACAUUACACCACACCAAUUUGAUAUUUCUUUUGACAGAUGUACCACAACAAUUUUUCAGAAAAUGCAAACAAAUACACAAUCAUCUUAAUAUAAUUAUUACGUCGCUGACAAUUCUAGGAAGACUUAAAGUGGAAUAUUAAAUGAAUACUCUGUGAUUAAAAUUACACUUAGAAGGGAGAUGAUGUUAAAAUUAUUAAGGAUUAUAAUUCAUAAUAUUGUAUGAAAAAAAAAAUUGUCUUCCCUGUUUCUGUUUUUAAAUGAAAUUGGAAACUUGUAUUUUUAUUUAUUAUUAUUAUUAUCAAAUUAUUAUUACAAUAAUUAUUUUUAUUGUUAUAAAGAUUUACACUGAUGUUUACAAACAUUAACCAAAAGAAAGCAUUGUGAUAAAUAUCCAUCAUUCCUUAACAGUUAUUUUAAAGAUAAUAAGAUGCAUGAUAAAAUUAAAAUUGUUUUGGUGUAAUCGUUUAAUAAUAUUGAAUGCCACAAUGUAUAAUUGUAAUGAUUAUAUGUACAUUUAUGUUAUUGAUGUAUUUGUUAUGAACAAUAGCUUAAGGUUUCUUGAUUUUUUUAUGAUGGAGAUAAGUGCCUUACAAAAAUAGUGCUCAAUUAAAAUGAGAAAUGCAGAAGAAAAAAAAGAUUUUUUAUAAGACAGGUCUUUUGAAAGCUGUUUAGUUUCAUUUAAAAUUUCAAGUGCAUGAACAGUAAACCAAUUUGUGUAUUUUCUUACUAAAUCAUUGAAAUGGGUAAUUAAGCAAUGAUAAAUAAUAUAAAAAAAACUGGCGAAAAAUUAUGGCCUCCAAACUGAGGCUAAAGAAAAAACAUGGGAACUUUCAUGAGUUUGUCGGAUAUGCCAAGAAAAAUAAUGAUCAAUUGUCGACUGAUGUGAUUCAAAUUUCUAUACUGUAUGCAAAUGAGAUUAGUACUUCAAGAUUUUGACACAUUGAACAAUUGUGGCUUUAAAUUUAUAAAUGUGGUCCAAAACACUGCAUGAAUUACAAAAUGGAUCAAAAUAUCUAUACUCCUUCAAUCGACUGCACACAUCAAGGACUAUGAUUUGGUGCAUACUUUUACCUAUCACGUGGAACUAGCUACUGAACAGGCGGGUCUUAUUUACCUCAUAAAGCAUUUCUGCAUGUACAUAUAACAUUGGUUUCAGUUAAACCAGCUAUGUAAAUAGUAGCUUUAAAUAAUGCUUGCCAGGAUGGUGUAGUAAAAAGGAAACUCUUGGAACAGUUGAAACUGUACAAAUUUACUGUCACUUUUGUGCAAAAUGGCAUUGCGAUGUUACUUUAAUUCUGACCUGCAAGCAAGUUCUUUUUUGCAUACUGUAGAAUUGUAGAAGCUGUUGUAAUUGUUCACAACUAUUUAUUUUGUAAGGCAACAUUUAUGCUGGACAAUACAAUUUUGUAGCAGUAGAUUGUCUGAAAGAACUGAUUUAUGUAGAUUUAGUCAUUUUUGUGAUAUUUUUAGCUUGUCUGUGUUUCAUAGGGUGUCACCUUAAGCGUUGUUGUGCAUUGGCUAUUGGCCAUUACUCAAAAACCAUUCAAGAUAUUUAGAUGAAACUUGGUACAUAAUUUAUGCUAACAAAGACAAUAUCUAGUAACUGGCUGUUAUAAUGUUGAGUUACGCCCCCUUUUCGACUGAAAGAACGUCAGACAAGCCUUUGAAUUUGCUCUGUGGCUCUUUGGUUUAUUCAGUAACUCAACUCGUGUUUAUAUGGGGGGUUUCUUACAUACUUGUGAUGGGGGUAAUGUUACAUGCUCUAAAAAACCAUGUUGCCAGUUCCGAGAUCCAACCUGGGAACCCCUGUUUGCUAGUCUGAGGCACUUUAGCAACUGAACUAAACCAUGACUGGAUUAAACUCACAUUUUGAUGACCUCUUAUGCUAGACUGUGCUUUGGCCUUCAUCCCCUGUGCACAAGAAUUCAUCUACAAAUCCCAAAAUCAGACCAUUUAUAACCAUUGUAGGCAAGUCAGGCUCUCUACCAACUGAGCUUACCAUGACUGGAUAACUCACACACUCUUAAACCAUUGCCAGUCAGUGCCAUAACCGUUGUCCAUUCUGUGCUAGAAUUCAUCCUCAAAUUACCAAUCAGACCAUUUAUAACCAUUGUAGGCAAGUCAGGCUCCAACUGAGCUUACCAUGACUGGAUAAUUUACAAUAAUCUUUGACCUGUGCUAGGCAGUGCCAUAACCGUUGUCCGCUCUGCGCUAGAAUUCAUCCCCAAAUUACAAAACCAGCUAUUUAUAACCAUUAUAGGCAAGUUAGGCACUCUACCAACAAAGCUUACCAUGACUGGAUAAUUUACAAUACUCUUUAACUUGUGCCAGGCACUCACUGAUUGCCAUGACCGUUGUCUGCUCUGUGUUAGAAUUCAUUCACAAAUUACCAAACCAAACAAUUGAUAACCAUUGUAGGCCUCCACAAUCUUGCCACAGUACAACUCUUAAAAACUAAGUGGUACUACUCACAGUCACAUGUUGGAUGCAAAUUGCCCUUUGAAUUGUGUAAAUAGUGACACUUGUAAAAACAACAAUAUUUAAGUGCUAAAUUGAGACUUAUAUUAUUGCUUAUAUUAGAUUAGUGAGUUUUGAUACUAUAUUUAUGAUUUUUUUAGUGUUUUUGUACUUAUGAAUGGGGUCAAGUUUUGACCCCACUUUAGUCAAAGAAAAAUACUGCUGUUGUACAUAAUGAAGGUAAUAAUCAAAAUUAUAUGUUUAAUAUUUCAUUUUAUGUUGAAGCUUCGCAUAAUUGUUUAAUCAAGAAGUAAAGAUGGUUUUUUGUUUGACUGAUUGAACAUACAUUAACUUUGAUGAGUAAUUCCCUAUAGGACAAUCACUAUUAGGAUUAGUUGCUCUUUUUUUCUUUUUCUUUUAAUUAAAGUCCAGGGGUGGUAAUUCAUAAAACAUCUUAAGCCAUUUCUUAAAUAAAUUUCCUAACAAAUUUGAAGCCAUAUUAAACAAAAUAUAGAAAUGUUUUUAACAUACAAGGUUUUAUAUGUAUUAAAAUCAAUGUCAAUUUAGUAUUUCAGACAGUAUUAGGUUAUUAUAUAAUGUGACAAACAUGAUAUUUAACUUAAAAAACCGACUUAGGUUAGGAAAUGACUGAAGAUGUUUUGUGAUACUGGCCAAUGUCUUAAUAGCCUUAGUAUACCUGUUGGAAUCAGUUGAGUCAUUGAUGUUGUUGUUGUUGUUGUUGUUGUUGUUGUUGUUGUUGUUGUUGUGUAUAAAACCUAAAUGAUUACCAUAUCUCAAAAACCGUUAAAGUGAUUCUCGUAUUUAAAAUCAAUACAUACACAUGUAUAACAAACAUAAAUAUUGAGCAAUAAUCCUUUAACUACUUAGUAAAUAAUGCAGUGAUGGAAAAUUUUAAUUACUGAUAACAAGAUUGUAACUGUGUUAUUAAUAGCUGAAAAUGCACUGAUAUUAAAUGACUGGUGAGUCCUAAAAGAUUUACAGUGAUUAAAUAUUGUCUCAUAAGGUAGAGACACCAGGUUUUUUCAAAUAAUGCACAGUAGCCUUCAUGAGAACCAUUGUUUUCGAUAUGUAUUCAUCCUUUUCAGUAAAUUAAAAUAAUAGUUUUAAUUGUGGUACUGCUCAUUUGGGAGUGAGAAUUCAUCUUUAAACCUAUCAAAAUAGCAUGAUCAUGUCAGAGAUAAUACACAUAUAUAUGGUACAGCUUUUAUAACUUUUGCCUUAAAAGUUGUUGAAUAAUACUUCUUGUUUGACUUGAAAAGUCAGAUGAGCGUGCUGGCAUUCGAUCUGCAGUGCUCUUGUUUAUGCAUAACUAUAGAUAUAAUCUUCUAAAAGGUGCUAUAUAUAUAUAUAUAUAUAUAUAUAUAUAUAUGUAAAAUUGCUCAAUAUCUGUUAAAAAAAUCUUACUAAAAAGUUUAGUGUCUAGCAGUUUAUUUUUAACAAAACUGACUCAUGCUUAUUUUUACAUUCCUAUUUUUGACUGUCAAUGUCAUUGCAGGCUUUGUAUACAUGUUAUUAUGGAAAUGUUAUCCUUACUUUUUCUGUCAUUUAAUUAAAACAAAAGAGUUCUCUGUGUGUAAGGUAUUGAAUACAAUGCUUGUUAUGUGAAACUUAAAUAGUAUUACUUUGCACAUAUUUUUUUUAUUAAGACAAUAAAUUUUAGAUGUAAAUUUCCAGGAAUUCAGUAGGACUUGCUAAAUGAAUAGAUAAAUAAAUACCAAUACCAAAGAUAUAUAGUAAAAACCAUCACAGUGUCUCUAAACUUAAUUAUUGCAGGCCUUUACCUUUUAUUUAUUACUUCAAUUUAUUACAGGGAGCAGCUGCUGUAGUAUUGCUAAUUUAACAUAUCGAGGGCCUACAUCACAAAACAUACUUUACUUAUAUAGAGCGCGAGAAAGACUUAACUCCUUUCAUAUAGCUGAGGGACAGACUUAAAACCUUCUAUAUAUAGAGAGAGACAGACUAAACUCCAUCUGUAUAGAGCAAGACAGACUGAACUCCAUCUGUUUAGUGCAAUACAAUCUUAACUCCUUCUAUAAAGCUGAGAGACAGACUUAACACCUUCUAUACAGCCAGAGGGACAGACUUAACACCUUCUAUACAGCCAGAGAGACAGACUUAACACCUUCUAUACAGCCAGAGGGACAGACUUAACACCUUCUAUACAGCCAGAGGGACAGACUUAACACCUUCUAUACAGCCAGAGAGACAGACUUAACACCUUCUAUACAGCCAGAGAGACAGACUUAACACCUUCUAUACAGCCAGAGAGACAGACUUAACACCUAUACAGCCAGAGAGACAGACUUAAUACCUUCUAUACAGCCAGAGAGACAGACUUAACACCUAUACAGCCAGAGGGACAGACUUAACACCUUCUAUACAGCCAGAGAGACAGACUUAACACCUAUACAGCCAGAGGGACAGACUUAACACCUUCUAUACAGCCAGAGAGACAGACUUAACACCUUCUAUACAGCCAGAGAGACAGACUUAACACCUUCUAUACAGCCAGAGAGACAGACUUAACACCUUCUAUACAGCCAGAGCGACAGACUUAACACCGUCUAUACAGCCAGAGCGACAGACUUAACACCGUCUAUACAGCCAGAGAGACAGACUUAACACCUUCUAUACAGCCAGAGAGACAGACUUAACACCUUCUAUACAGCCAGAGAGACAGACUUAACACCUUCUAUACAGCCAGAGAGACAGACUUAACACCUUCUAUACAGCCAGAGAGACAGACUUAACACCUUCUAUACAGCCAGAGAGACAGACUUAACACCUUCUAUACAGCCAGAGAGACAGACUUAAUACCUUCUAUACAACCAGAGAGACAGACUUAACACCUUCUAUACAGCCAGAGAGACAGACUUAACACCUUCUAUACAGCCAGAGAGACAGACUUAACACCUUCUAUACAGCCAGAGAGACAGACUUAACACCUAUACAGCCAGAGAGACAGACUUAACACCUUCUAUACAGCCAGAGAGACAGACUUAACACCUUCUAUACAGCCAGAGAGACAGACUUAACACCUAUACAGCCAGAGGGACAGACUUAACACCUUCUAUACAGCCAGAGAGACAGACUUAACACCUUCUAUACAGCCAGAGAGACAGACUUAACACCUUCUAUACAGCCAGAGAGACAGACUUAACACCUUCUAUACAGCCAGAGAGACAGACUUAACACCUUCUAUACAGCCAGAGAGACAGACUUAACACCUUCUAUACAGCCAGAGGGACAGACUUAACACCUUCUAUACAGCCAGAGAGACAGACUUAACACCUUCUAUACAGCCAGAGAGACAGACUUAACACCUUCUAUACAGCCAGAGAGACAGACUUAGCACCUUCUAUACAGCCAGAGAGACAGACUUAACACCUAUACAGCCAGAGAGACAGACUUAACACCUUCUAUACAGCCAGAGAGACAGACUUAACACCUUCUAUACAGCCAGAGAGACAGACUUAACACCUUCUAUACAGCCAGAGAGACAGACUUAACACCUUCUAUACAGCCAGAGAGACAGACUUAACACCUUCUAUACAGCCAGAGAGACAGACUUAACACCUUCUAUACAGCCAGAGAGACAGACUUAACACCGUCUAUACAGCCAGAGAGACAGACUUAACACCUUCUAUACAGCCAGAGAGACAGACUUAGCACCUUCUAUACAGCCAGAGAGACAGACUUAACACCUUCUAUACAGCCAGAGAGACAGACUUAACACCUUCUAUACAGCCAGAGCGACAGACUUAACACCUUCUAUACAGCCAGAGAGACAGACUUAACACCUUCUAUACAGCCAGAGGGACAGACUUAACACCUUCUAUACAGCCAGAGAGACAGACUUAACACCUUCUAUACAGCCAGAGAGACAGACUUAACACCUUCUAUACAGCCAGAGAGACAGACUUAACACCUUCUAUACAGCCAGAGAGACAGACUUAACACCUUCUAUACAGCCGGAGCGAAAGACUUAACACCUUCUAUACAGCCAGAGAGACAGACUUACUGUUUAUUUUAAAUGUUUUUAAUAAAGUCAAUAUUUCCAUCCAAUUGUUAUGAAAUUUUGUCAGAAUACUUGGUGAAAAAAAGGUUACUAUCUGAAAUCUUAGGUUUGCAAAAUUACAACUUUUAAUCAAAAUUCACUUUAAUGUGGUGUUGCUGCAUUGGCAUCUUGUUUGAUAACUAUUAUGAUACAGACUUGUAGCUUGCAAAGGUUAAACAAUGAAACAUUACCAGACAAUCCAUACCCCCCACCACCCACCUGCCCUGUCAAAGAAAUGAGGUUAAAUUGAGCCUUAGUGCCAUUUAUGGCAUUGACAAUGUCUGAAUGCAAUGACUCAAAAACUGAUGUUUAAGUGAUAUUUUAGCAAAUAUAUCUUAACCGCUGUGGUUCGUUAACACCAGGUGUACGGUAUUAUAUUUCACUUGUCAGUAUAUAUUACUUGUGUUUCUGGUAAAUAAGGUUACCAUGGAGAUUUUAUUAAACGAGUUUUCUUGGCUAAGUGUAUAUGAGAACCAGUCUUACUUCUGGACUGAAACACUAUACCUUACUCUACGCAUUAUUACUGAUAUUUGAUAGUAAUGACAACUUAUAUUCACUGGUGGCUUCGCUGAUAUCUUCCAUGGCCAUUAGGAAACAGAAGUUUACUGUAAUUGAGUCUGAUAUGGUUAUAUCCCAAGAUAAUGGCUACUAAUAAGAAUAUUAUAUUGCAAAGAAUUAUGUUCAUAAUGUUAUACUGUUUUUACAUCUGAUACAUGUGUUUUUAUACUGUUAUUAUUCUAAUAAGAUUCUUAUCACCCAUGAAUUGAUUUUUUUUAUUGAAUCAGUAUGUUUAAAUGUUUUUAAGAUAUAUGAAAGAGAAUUCUAUUAUUUUACAGGGGUUCUUAAGUUAAGGAUAAAUCCUGAAAUUGAGGUUGAGAGAUUUUAAAUUAAACUAUUGUGCGGAUGUAAAGAGCAUUUUUUACUUGGAAAUAUUCACCAAUAACAGUAUACAUCCCUUGAAAUGAUUAUAAAGGACUAAAAAACAUUUUUAAAAGUGUCCUAAGACCCUUGACCCUGCUUUAGGCCUGAAUCCCCCAUACUCCAACAGAGACCUUGGGCCAUGGUUACGAACAGUCUCAAGUUCAAGUCUAGACUCAGACUCUGGGGCCAUGAUUACGAACAGUCUCAAGUUCAAGUCUAGACUCAGACUCCAGGGGCCAUGAUUACGAACAGUCUCAAGUCCAAGUCUAGACUCAGACUCCAGGGGCCAUGAUUACGAACAGUCUCAAGUUCAAGUCUAGACUCAGACUCCAGGGGCCAUGAUUACGAACAGUCUCAAGUCCAAGUCUAAACUCAGACUCCAGGGGCAAUGAUUACGAACAGUCUCAAGUCCAAGUCUAGACUCAGACUUAGAAAAGCAUUUUAAUGUUAAACAAACAAAAAAUCAUAUUUAUUAUGCCCCCUUUUGAAAAAAGUGGGGUAUAUUGUUUUGCACAUGUCUGUCGGUCGGUCGGUCUGUCUGUCGGUCGGUCGGAAUACCAAAUGGUUUCCGAUCAAUAACUUGAGAACGCUUUGACCGAGGGACCUCAUACUUGGUAUGUGUAUUGGUCAUCACCAGCAGAUGAACCCUAUUGAUUUUGAGGUCAGUGGGUCAAAGGUCAAGGUCAGUGUGACCUUUACAUGAAAAACGGUUUCCGAUCAAUAACUUGAGAACGCUUUGACCCAGGAACCUCAUACUUGGUAGGUGUAUUGGUCAUGACCAGCAGAUGAACCCUAUUGAUUUUGAGGUCAGUGGGUCAAAGGUCAAGGUCAGUGUGACCUUAACAUGAAAAACGGUUUCCGAUCAAUAACUUGAGAACGCUUUGACCCAGGGACCUCAUACUAGGUAGGCUUAUUGGUCAUGACCAGCAGAUGAACCCUAUUGAUUUUGAGGUCAGUGGGUCAAAGGUCAAGGUCAGUGUGACUGUAAGCUGAAAAAAGGUUUUCUGAUUGUCCAUAUUUUAUUUAAGUGUCCAAAUCCUACUAACAAUUUGGCUCCCAAGGGGGCAUAAAUGUUUCACUAACAUCUCUUGUUCCAUUUCUUUUACAAAAAUGUAUGUUCAUAAUAGUAAAACAUUCAAAUAGUAAUAUCGAUAUUUCAGCAAAUUUUUCCAUCAGUGAUCUGAUUGAAGGAAACGUACAAUAAAUGAAGUUUUGACAUAAUGAGUCUUGAAUCUGAACUCAGACUGUUCGUAAUCACUGCCCCUCAGGCUAUUUACAUAACAGGAUGAAAUAAAGAGCUGUUUCCUUGAUUUUUUUAGCAAAAUAUAUUUUUUUAUAGCAAAUAGAUUUUUAUAACAUUAAAAAUAUCAAAUAUGUGUAUGUUUUAUACUUGCAUAUAUAUAUAUACCUAUAACUAUAUUGCUUUUAUAUGUUUAAACUUUAUUUUGUGUUAGUAUAUACUAUUUUUGUAUGUUUCUGUACUUUUUAUGUAUGACUAUUUAUGAAGUCAAACAUUAGCUGUUUUGUUUUUAGAUUUUGGUUUUAAAUUCUACUUUCCUGGUAAUCAAAAAAUGAAAAUGAUUUUUGCAUCAAUGCUUUCAAUUCAGUCAUAUGUAAGGAUAACUCACAAUAGUAUGUAACACUAUUAGCCAUAAAACAUCAAUUUUUGAACAUAAAUAUUAAAAACUGU